AUGAUCAUCACGGGGCAAGGGGGGCUCACCAAGCUAAAGCUGUCCUGCCAGGGUCCUAAAAGAUCCUAUUGGUGCGAGUAUGUGGGCAAGCCCUACACGUGCCGCUCUUUUAACAAAAACCCUCGCCACUACUUUGUCCAAAUGAUGUGGGGUCUGCGUAAACUGACCAACGCCUGCCAAGCUCCGAGGGUCAUCAAGCCGCACAUGUGCAGGAAAUCCACAGACGAAUCACAGAUGGUGUUCUCUGCAGCUUCGUUCGGGCGCCAGGUGGAGAGGCAGAGCGUGCAGAAAGAGGCCAGCCACGCCAGGGUGCAGCAGAGGCCAGUACCCACCAGACCCACUCGACAGAGGCCCCCAGUCAGAGGACCAGUGAGGGAGAAGCAGAGGCUACCAGGGCCCAGAGUGGCGCCCACAGCUGAGACCCACAAGAGGAGGAUGUCCAGGCUGUACUGCUGGAAGUCUAUGCAGGGGGUCUGUGCUUUCGUCAUCGGCCUAUUUAAGGAGUGA